AUGCCAAAGCGGAAACCUCCAAAUCCCAAAAUUAACAGGAUUGAUGAGCGCAUUGCCAUAACUAAUGAAGUCGAGCCUUCUGGACUCUGCGGGUUUAACCUACAAUCGCAACAACGGGGAACUAGCUCACUAAUGAUUCAUUCGUUCGUCACUGUGGUCCACGACACAUUCGGCAAACUAAGCUCCGACGAAGGAGAGUUGGCCGAGGCGUCAGCCAAAAUAAGAGCUGUUGCAAUCUUGAUGGAGGUUAAGCCAAUCAAAACAACGAUAUUGUGGUACCAAGAUCCACCGAAAGUCGAACAUGGAGAACUAGAUUACUACCCAGAUUAUGAGGAUUCGCUCUGUAUUAUACCUCCUCCCGUAGGGUUUAUGUUCGAAUUCAAAUGCAUGCUCGAUGGUCGUCCAUUCCAGUUCUUUGAUCUUUGUGUGAAAGAAUGCCGAGUUUGCAGGCCAGUAGUACAGGACGGAUAUAAAAAUUUUGAGGGCAAUUACGUCGUAUACUAUAUGUGUAGUAACGGAAUAUAUCAAACCGUGAGCGUCGAUCCUGGAAUAUGUGAGGAGCGGUGUAUUCGCAUGACUGGGGGAACAACAUUGACAAGGCCAACAAAACCAAAGAGGUCAACGACAACAUCGACAACGACGACAACGACAACAACAACUACAACUACAACCACCCCUCGUAUAGGUAAGUUUUGGGUUUAA